UAAACUUGGCGUAUUUUUACAGAUAACUCGUGGCAUCAAAACACGACCAUGGGGUUGAUACAAUCGCUCAUUUGCUCUGUUAUGUUUUGCCUCGAAAGGGUUUUGACAUGGGUGUGCUUUGCGUUCGUGCUAAUACUCCUAAUGGGUAUGAUGCUUAUAUUGAUGGUUUACGGCAUUUCAGUCGGCUAUCACUACGCACAGAAAGAACUUGCAGCAUUUGCUAUGACAUCGAGAACAACAACACCUGACCCUAUGAGAAUGGGACGGUCAGGCGACGAAUCCAGACCAGUCGUCCGACUAGUCGCUGUGAACAGGUCCUCGAUUGACAACGCACCCCGGCCGAUGCUUGAGGUGUAUCAGAAUAGAGCACCUCCAGAGAAAAUUGUGUUGGAAAAACCAGCAACACCUAUUGUUCUAUUAGAAACGGAAAGUCCUCCACCGGAGCCAGAAUUGCUGCCACACGAGAGAGACAUAGCUAAAAGACUCAUCGGCCGCUUCAGGCGGUCGAAGAACAAUUCAAUGACUACUACGGACAUUCCAUUUUUAAGACCAUUUAAAGCAACCACCCAUUCAGAUCAGUCUAUCAAAAUGGAUGACGCUGCUGCCGAUCAGAGCAACGUUAGCCCCUUAUCAUACUUAACUAAAACUCUCGCUGCACUGUAACGAGCCCCGAAACAACCAUUACUAGUUAGCUAA